GACGCCCUCAGCAUCUACGACAGCAACAACCACAACAACAACGCAUGAUCAGGUUUCCUCUGCGGCCACAGUCACCGCCUGUUUCAGGCUUCUUUCCAUGCGCGUGCAUGGAUCCUCACCCACGGUGAGACUAACAUGUCUCCCAGCUGCAUGGACCUCCCCGACCUCUUCCCACGCGUAACGCCUCGGGCUUUGUCGCCCUCAGAGCCCGAAGCCAGCUUGAAUGCAAAUAUGGCGCCCGCUGCUCCCGACGAUACGAGGCCGCCUCCGCGUCCCGAAGAGUUGAUAGAUCACGCAAGUUCUACUGCAACUGGUGGCGAUGGCAGCGCACGCUCGGAGUUCCCUCUGGAAGCGACAGUACAGGGCGCAAAGGGCAAGACCAAGGCGAGGAAGGGCCCGCUCAGGCUGCUAGACCUCCCGGUCGAUAUUCUGAAAGAAAUCAUACAUCAACUCCCUCACACGAAUGACCUCACCUCGCUCGCGCUAUGCCAUUCGGCCCUCCAUCGAUUGACAAUCCCAUACAUCUACUCUCGCUUUGAUAUUGUGUGGCCCGAUGAGAGCAACCACCCAGAUCCGGGCAAGGGCGUCGAUGCUCUCACAUUUGGCCUUGCGACGUUGGUCAUGGGGUGGGAUACCUUCCCGCAUCAAGCUCGGCGAGGGCUGAGUCCUGUAGGCGGAGGAACCCCACGAAUCGAGCCCGAUCAGAGCGACGAUCCAGAGGCGCUGUACCCGUUGCCGCGCAUGCGAUUUGGAAACUACUAUGCUCAGUACACCAAGAAGUUUUCCCUCGGGAAUGGUCCGCCGAUGUGGGUUCAGGAAUACAUCAUCUCCAAGGAGAGUGGGAAAAUGCUCGGUACCCUAGUUGCAAUGGCUGUGGCCCGGAUGAUUAAUCUCGAGACCUUUAUAUGGGAUAUGCCUACUGGCGUGCUGAGCGACGUGUGGAGGGCGCUGUCUAGCCUCGCUUAUAGAACAGACGGCCAGGAGUGCCGCCUUGAACGUCUCUGGGUUCGUUGGCACGACAAUACGAUCGAUUCACCCGCUCCGCCGCCAGCGCCACCGUUAAUCGUGAAUAACCUACCUCCGCCGCCGAACACGACGCAUCCCAGCGGAAUGGGCACCCUCCAAAUGGCUGGUCCGAUCCCACCUUCAUCAACUACAGCGUCUGCAGUCGAUCGCGUCGAACACCCCACAUUCUCCGUCAUCCCCGCCCUGAAGAGUCUGAGUGUCUUGGAUAUCGACGAGCUACCCUAUCUCGACGAAAUGAGCAUCCUGAUAGCGAGAUCUCAAAGGAAACUGCGCGAACUCAGAGUCGGAAUUGCCCCUCAUGCGCAAGACCGAGAGUGGGUGACAGCAUGGGAAGGCCCCGGCAUCCAGCAAGUCGAUUACAGUACGACGUCGACGGCUGCAUGCUCGAUAAGCGAAAAGCGGCUGGGCGGGGUACUUGGGAUUCUCGUGGGGAGGGUGCACAACAUGCGCCACUCUGAGCAGCAGCCAACCGACCGACGAGAUGCUGUUGAAUUGGCGCCGGCAUCCGCUACUACGCCCAUGAAAGAUGGAUUCGCGGCCCCGGUUUCGGUACCUUCUCAGGAUGCUCAGCUGGAUCGGGAUUCAGAUUCGACGGAUGACAGUUUUGAGAGUGCUUCGGAUGAGCCUUUGAGGGCUGGCAAUGAACCCCCAUCGGAGUCUGAACGGAAAUCAAACCAGCAGCACAUCCUGUCGAGCCUACCAAACGAGCAAUCCGACCACAGCAGAGUCGGUGGUGGUCGACAAGUGAUUGCUAGUCCUAACCAACGCAUGCUCACUGGCAAGCUGAAUCUGGAAGUGCUCGAACUGGAACGCGUCCCGGUCUCAGUAUCUGUUCUCUUGAAAGCCUUCAACUGGUCAACGUUAACGACUCUGACACUUCUGAAUUGCAACAAUCAUGAGCAACUGUGGAAAGCAUUGCGGAGAGAAUUCACCCCUCGAUCAGCCAUCCCCCAAGGUCCGGCUUCGUCUACUACCGCGUAUAAAGCUUCAUACACUCUUCGACAUCGCAGCGAAUACAGGCUGAACAUCAAGAAAAUCCACACAAAUACGGUUUCCCCAUCUCUCAUCUCCUUCAUCAAGGAUGCCCUGGCGCCCAAUACGCUUGAAGUGCUCUUCCUGCAAGAAGGGAGGUCGUAUUCUGGGGCUGUGUCUAUUGACGCCAUAUACCGCGGUCCGCUUAAACGGCACCGUGGGAGUCUGAAGAAGUUGAUGAUUGAUAGUAGUGAAAGGGGACCAGAUGGUCAACCUACCAAUAGUCUCAGAUGGCGCAGAUGGGUAUUGAAUCGCGAGAUCAUCUCCUUCAUUACCAGCGGUCGCAUGACGAGCCUUCGCGAGCUGGCAUUUUCAAUUGACUACAAAGACUGGCACCACUUCCUGCAACGACUUCCUCAGAUACCACACCUCCGUUCGCUGUACAUCCCGUUCAUCGCGGAUCACGUACAUGGCAACAACCUGGAUCCCCGAGAACUGGCGAUGCAGGUUCUCGAUAUCGUCCAUCUACGUCCGGAGAUACAACUUUGCUACAUGGGCAUCACAACCAAGUGUUUCGAGAUCCUGGAGACGAAGCCAUGCGCCAACGAUCUUCGGCACGAGAAUAUGCAUGACGGGCCCUAUGCGACUCAAGAUCAGCUUUCCUCUGACGACGACGAAUCCGAAGUUACGGAGGAUGACAUCGAAGAUGACGAUUUCGACGAUAUGCCCGGUGCCGGUGGUGCUGGCGAGGAGACGGCGUCGGAGACAUCGGACGAUGGUGGCCAGCAUGAGGAUUCGGAUGACGAUUCUUUCCUGCAGGACGAGCGGAAGGCGCCGAGGCUGCGGAUUCGGGAGAUCUUGUUUUAUGAGGAGAAGAUUGAAACGUUACGGGCUAGACAUGGUAUUCUGAAGCCAUGACAUGGCACGGGGAAUUGAGGGCACGGCACUCAUUGGCGGGCCAGAGACACACUGUGUUUUUGCUCUUCGAUCACGAAUAUUGGUUUGAGGCGCUUUAUGGGGGGGCCCGGUGUUUAAAGAGCGUGCAUAUGGCCGCUAGGUCGGACAUGGGCAGGCGCUUUUAUGUGGGCUGUGAUUUGCUCCAUGGUGUAGAUUAUCUUUUGCAAGGGACGUUUGAUCGAAUGGGAGUUCCUUGGACAGUCCUAACAUUGAAUAGUAUACGUUCAUUGCUUCUCGUGCAUAGGGUGAUUGG